CACUGAUUAACGACACUCAGUAUGAAUCAUGCGAGCGUACACGGUCGCUACUAGCGGAGUUUCACUGCACUCACGUCCAUUUAAGGGAUAUCCAAACGUCUACUCGCCAGUGUCGGUUCUCGUGGACAGAGCAUUUUGGGGAUUUCGGAGAGGUCGCUGGUGGUAGAGUUUUUGAACUGUAGAUCCGAGAGGACUUAUUUCACCCGGUGGCCGAUUUGAAUGACAAAGGAACGAACUGGGAGUCAGAAAGACGCGGGUUUGCAAGAUGGAAAAUCUAUCUCUUCUACUCCUGUUUUUAUCGAUUGGUAAGUUAUGUUUGAAAAAGGGUUGUCAAACGGUCUGAUAAUGUCGUCAAAAUAACGCGUGUGCUGUCGUUUAGUGGGAAAUAUUAGAUUGACAUGCACACGCGGGAGCGUUUUCACUUAAAAAAUCUGAUAAGAUUCUCCAUUGACAAGGCAAUUAGUCAAAUUAAUUUAAAGGCAACGUUAUCAACUGAUUUUCACUGAUCAUAGCUAUGUCUCUUCAAUUAAUUACACAAAUGACUGAGUUUUUCCAAAACGAACCUUUUUUAAUAUGUGAAUAGAUUUUCCCACGCCCAACUUCCUCGUUACCUGUAUGUUACCGUGGUUGGUCACAGGUGAGGGGGUGUGGCAAUUUUCCAUUUCAGCCCUUGGGAUAGCCUCAAAUCCCGGUCGAAACUUUGAAUCGUUCAAUCAAAGUAGUACGAGCGAGAUAAUUGAUGUCAUAAGAGGUCAUUAAUAAUUAAAUUAAAAGUUAAGAUGACAAGCUGUGACAACUGUCCAGUUAGAUGGAGGCUCCAUAACACGCCAUGAGUAGCCGUCCAAUUCGCAUAGAUCCCCCUUGAUCAGUUGACAAAAUUGAACUAAUGUAGUUGAACUUGAAAUGGAGCACUGUCCACCACUGAGGGACUUCUCUGUUAUUACAGUCAUCUUGGUUGUCAUAUUUAAAUGAUCAAGGCAGGGAGAUCCUUUUCGUUUAGUUGAUCAGACCCAUUUUAUUUCAUAACAGUGUGUCAGAUUGUGUAGGAUGGGGUGUGUGUUUCUGUCAAUCUGUCAAGGUAUACUUGGCGUCACUCAGGGCUUCCCUGUGCCAGUGUGUUUGUGUCAGCGGGUGAGCUUAAAUUUGUGUGGUACUGUGAGAUGAUAAAAUGUCUCCAGUUAACACGUCUCCAGCCUUCCUGGAGCAGGGGUGUGUGUGCCCGCCCUUCCCUAUGGCCUUAAAGGCGUCCGCAUGCUACCCAGCCGAAACUGUUCGGAAGAGUUAAUGCAUAUAUUAUUUACAUUUUACUCAUUUAGCAGACGCUCUUAUCCAGAGCGACUUACAGUUAGUGAGUGCAUAAAUAUAUAUAUAUUUUUCAUACUGGCCCCCCGUGGGAAUCGAACCCAAACGCCAUGCUCUAACUGGGCUACAUCCCUGCCGGCCAUUCCCUUCCCUACCGUGGACGACGCUGGGCCAAUUGUGAGCCGCCGCAUGGGUCUCCCGGUCACGGCCGGCUAUGUCAGAGCUUCGAACCAGGAUCUCUAGUGGCACAGCUAGCACUGCGAUGCAGUGCCUUAGACCACUGCGCAACUUUUGUUAGUUUUGGACUUUGGUAAGGUUUUUUUCGGUUGUUCAGGGGCAAAUUUUUUCUUGAGGCUAGCCAAAGUCUAUACCCCUUCGUCGGUGAUUGGUCAACAUUAGGGAUUCUUCAGUAAAGUCUUUGUCAUUCAACGAGAGAUUAAUCGUUUUCAUGCAAACAAUGUUAAUUGAGAAAUACUGCACCAAACGUUAGUUGUACAGUGAACAGAAAUAUAAACGCAAAAUGUAAAGUGAUGGUCCCAUGUUUCAUGAGCUGAAAUAAAAGAUCCCAGACAAAGAUCCCAAAUGCUAUUUCAUUCAAAUUUGGUGCACAAAUGUGUUUACAUCCCUGUUAGUGAGUGUUUCUCCUUUGCCAAGAUAAUCUAUCCACCUGACAGAUGUGGCAUAUCAAGAAGCUGAUUAAACAGCAUGAUCAUUACACAGGUGCACCUUGUGCUAGGGACAAUAAAAGGCCACUCUAAAAUGCACAGUUUUGUCACAACACAAAGCCACAGAUGUCUCAAUUUGAGGGAUCGUGCAAUUGGCUUGAUCCGAAAAUGUGGCCAAAUUGAGCUCCGCUCUGUACUGCAUUACGCCUCUCAAAUUUUGUAACAAUGCGGAGGGCUCUGUAUAACUCCGCAUUGACAUGAUUGGUUGACGGUAGGUGAAGUCAGGAGGUCCUGUAUAAACACAAACUGACUUCCUUUACACCUUCCUUCAAAACAGCUCUGCGUUGUUUGGCGAAGGCCAAGAAGUAUGAAUGCCCUGAAUUCUGCAGAGGCCGUAUCGCAGUAUAUUCUGCACGGCCAAUGCAGAUGGCGCAUUGACCAUGCAGCGCCUUUAAGCCACCUCCAAGGUCGAUUUAAGAGAAUUUGGCAGUACGUCCAACCGGCCUCACACUUCAGACUAUGUGUUUGGCAUCGUGUGGGCAAGCUUUUUGCUGACGUCAACGUUGUGAAGAGGGCCCCAUGGUGGGGUUAUGUUAUGGGCAGGCAUAAGCUACGGACAACGAAUACAAUUAAGUUUUAUCGAUGGCAAUUUGAAAGCACUGAGAUACUGUGAUGAGAUCCUGAGGCCCAUUGUCGCGCCAGUCAUCCUCCGCCAUCACCUCAUCUGUCAGCAUGAUAAUGCACAGCCCCAUGUUGCAAGGAUCUGUACGCAAUUCCUGGAAGCUGGAAAUGACCCAGUUCUUCCAUGGCCUGCAUACAGGUCACCCAUUGAGCAUGUUUGGGAUGCUCUGGAUCGACGUGUACGACAGCAUGUUAAAAGUUCCCGCCAAUAUCCAGCAACUUUGCACAGCCAUUGAAGAGGAUUGAGUCAACAUUCCAUAGGCCACAAUCAACAGCCUAAUCAACCCUAUGUGAAGGAGAUGUCGCACUGCAUGAGGCAAAUGGUGGUCACAUCAGAUACUGACUGGUUUUCUGAUUCACGCCAACAGAUUCAUAUCUGUAUUCCCAGUAAUUUGAAAUCCAUAGAUUAGGGCCUAAUUAAUUUAUUUUAAUUGACUGAUUUCCUUAUAUGAACUGUAACUCAGUAAAAUAAUUGAUUGUUGCAUUUAUAUUUUUGUUCAGUAUAAAAUUGCGCGACUAAGAUCUCCUCGGCAAAAACUUCAGAAUUUAUGACAGUUCUUGCGUUAUCUUAGACCCACUUCAAUUUGCUUACUGCCCCAACAGACGAUGCAAUCGCCAUCACACUGCACACUGCCCUAUCCCAUCUGGACAAGAGGAAUACCUAUGAAAGAAUGCUGUUCAUUGACUAUAGCUCAGCAUUCAACACCAUAGUACCCUCCAAGCUCAUCAUUAAGCUCGAGGCCCUGGGUCUGAACCCUGCCCUGUGCAACUGGGUCCUGGACUUCCUGACGGGCCGCCCCCAGGUGGUGAAGGUAGGAAACAUCUCCACUUCGCUGAUCCUCAACACUGGGGCCCCACAAGGGUGCAUGCUCAGCCCCCUCCUGUACUCCCUGUUCACCCAUCCCAUGACUGUGUGGCCAAGCACGCCUCCAACUCAAUCAUCAAGUUUGCGGACGACACAACAGUAGUAGGCUUGAUUACCAACACUGACGAGACCGCCUACAGGGAGGAGGUGAGGGCUCUGGGAGUGUGGUGCCAGGAAAAUAACCUCUCACUCAACAUCAACAAAACAAAGGAGAUGAUCAUGGACUUCAGGAAACAGCAGAGGGUGCACCCCCCUAUCCACAUUGACGGGACUGCAGUGGAGAAGGUGGAACGCUUCAAGUUCCUUGGCGUACACAUCACUGAAAACUGAAAUGGUCCACCCACGCAGACAGUGUGGUGAAGGCGCAACAGAGCCUCUUCAACCUCAGGAGGCUGAAGAUAUUUGCUUGGCACCUAAAACCCUCACAAACUUUUACAGAUGCACAAUUGAGAGCAUCCUGUCGGGCUGUAUCACCGCCUGGUACGGCAACUGCACCACCCGCAACCGCAGGGCUCUCCAGAGGGUGGUGCGGUCUGUCGAACGCAUUAUUGGGGGCAAACUACCUGCCCUCCAAGACACAUACAGCACCCGAUGUCACAGGAAGGCCAAAAAGAUAAUCAAGGACAUCAACCACCCGAGCCACUGCCUGUUCACCCCGCUAUCAUCCAGAAGGUGAGGUCAGUACAGGUGCAUCAAAGCUGGGACCGAGAGAAUGAAAAACAGCUUCUAUCUCAAGGCCAUCAGACUGUUAAAAAGCCAUCACUAGCACAUUGGAGGCUGCUGCAGCCUAUUGAAAUCACUGGCCACUUUAAUAAUGUUUACAUAUCUUGCACUACUCAUCUCAUAUGUAUAUACUGUAUUCUAUAAUAUUCUACUGUAUCUUAGUCCAUGCUGCUCUGUCAUUGCUUGUCCAUAUAUGUAUAUAUUCUUAAAUUCCAUUCCUUACUUAGAUGUGUGUGUAUUGGGUAUAUGUUGUGAAAUUGUUAGAUACAGUGCCUUGCAAAAGUAUUAAUUCCUUUUGGCGUUUUUCCUGUUUUGUUGCAUUACAACCUGUAAUUUAAAUGGAUUUUUAUUGGGAUUUCAUGUAAUGGACAUACACAAGAGUCCAAAUUGGUGAAAUGAAAAAAAUAACUUGUUAAAAAAAAUUCUAAAAAAUAAAUAAUGGAAAAGUGGUGCAUGCAUAUGUAGUCGCACCCUUUGCUAUGAAGCCCCUAAAUAAGAUCUGGUGCAACCAAUUACCUUCAGAAGUCACAUAUUUAGUUAGAUUGCACACAGGUGGACUUUAUUUAAGUGUCACAUGAUCUCAGUGUGUGUGUAUAUAUAUAUAAUCUGUUCUGAAAGGCCCCAGAGUCUGCAACACCACUAAGCAAGGGGCACCACCAAGCAAGCGGCACAAUGAAGACUAAGGAGCUCUCCAAACAGGUUAGGGACAAAGUUGUAGAGAAGUACAGAUCAGGGUUGGGUUAUAAAAAAAAUGGCAAACUUUGAACAUCCCACGGAGCACCAUUUAAAUCCAUUAUUUAAAAAAUUGAAAGAAUAUGGCACCACCACAAACCUGCCAAGAGAGGGCUGCCCACCAAAACUCACGGACCAGGCAAGGAGGGCAUUAAUCAGAGAAGCAACAAAGAGACCAAAGAUAACCCUGAAGGAACUGCAAAGCUCUGCAGUAGAGAUUGGAGUAUCUGUCCAUAGGACCACUUUAAGCCGUACACUCCACAGAGCUGGGCUUUACGGAAGAGUGGCCAGAAAAAAGUCAUUGUUUUUAAAGAAAAAAAUAAGCAAACACGUUUGGUGUUCGCCAAAAGGCAUGUGGGAGACUCCCCAAACAUAUGGAAGAAGGUACUCUGGUCAGAUGAAACAAAAAUUGAGCUUUUUGGCCAUCAAGGAAACGCUAUGUCUGGCGUAAACCCAACAUCUCAUCACCCCGAGCACACCAUCCCCACAGUGAAGCAUGGUGGUUGCAUCAUCAUGCUGUGGGGAUGUUUUUCAUCAGCAGGGACUGGGAAACUGGUCAGAAUUGAAGGAAUGAUGGAUGGCGCUAAAUACAGGGAAAUUCUUGAGGGAAACCUGUUUCAGUCUUCCAUAGAUUUGAGACUGGGACGGAGGUUCACCUUCCAGCAGGACAAUGACCCUAAGCAUACUGCUAAAGCAUCACUCGAGUGGUUUAAUGGGAAACGUCUUGGAAUGGCCUAGUCAAAGCCCAGACCUCAAUCCAAUUGAGAAUCUGUGGUAUGACUCAAAGAUUGCUGUACACCAGCGGAACCCUUCCAACUUGAAGGAGCUGAAGCAGUUUUGCCUUGAAGAAUGGGCAAUAAUCCCUGUGUCUAGAUGUGCCAAGCUUAUGAGACAUAUCCCCAAGAGACUUGCAGCUGUAAUUGCUGCAAGAGGAGGUUCUACAAAGUAUUGACUUGGGGGGUGAAUAGUUAUGCACGCUCAAGUUGUCUGUUUUGUGAUAUUUCUUGUUUGUUUCACAAGAAAAUAUAUUUAGCAUCUUCAAAGUGGUAGGCAUGUUGUGUAAAUCAAAUUUUACAAACCCCCCCAAAAAAUCCAUUUUAAUUCCAGGUUGUAAGGCAACAAAAUAGGAAAAAUGCCAAGUGGGGUGAAUACUUUCGCAAGCCACUGUAUUACUUGCUAGAUUUUACUGCACUGGCGGAGCUAGAAGCACAAUCCUUUCGCUACACCCGCAAUAACAUCUGCUAAACACGUGUAUGUGACAAAUAAAAUUGAUUUGACUAUUUUGAGGAAGUGUAUACCGGCUACGGUGUCUCAAAAUGGACAAACAGUACUUUUGCCGCUUUUGUUUUCAGUUUUUCAAGCAAAGGUCUUUUUAAGGGAGUAUGCGAGCACUCUCAUUCGGUUUGCCUAACUGAGUUUGGCUAGGCGCCAGCUGAACUGAAGCUAACUGACGCCUUUAGACCUAUAGCCUAAACCAGGGAUAUCAAACAUACGGCCCGCGGGGGGAUAUACGUGCACCUUCCCUAAACAGGGUUGAUGACGUACUGCUGCCCUAGCUCUCCAAAACCCUUCUGUAUAUAAGAGAACCUAUGAAAAUCCUAUCUUUCAUAUUGGCAUCAAAUAAUCUUCCAAAUAAAAGAAAUGCACUUACUUUAGCAGUUUUGCCCAGAUCCACAAGCUGUGUGUGCCUCCAGUUAACGAACUACACUUUCUCCCCAGUUAAGAUUCCAAACAGGUGUUCGGAGCAUGCUAGAUGGCUAAUUAGCACAGGUGGCCACAUAUGUCUUCUGUCUGUCUUCCGUAAACAAGUGAUGUAACAUGGAAAUAUGCCCACGUGGGAACACUAACCCUAUAAAGGUGUGUAGUAAUUUAACCAUUUUUUCACUGCAAUGAAAGAUGCGUUCCUUAUGUUUCCAAAACCGUACCGCAAGCAAUGUGUGUUAAUGUUAGAGCAAGUGUUGGGGCUCUGAACAACACUGCCCCGAUCAGAAGAUACUAUUGUCAAUUGGCGCUAAAGCAGUUAGCGUCUAUUAAUGGGGUACUACUGCCCAUUCUUCCAUUGUGUGUUUGUGUGUGAGCGAGCUUCCGAUAGCCUGCAUGAUUCCGUUUUGUAGAAUGAACACAGCAGGAAGACUGAUUGUUCCAAUGGACGUUCCGAUGCUGUAUGAUUCAGUUGGACGUUCUGAUGUUGUAUGAUUCAGUUGGACGUUCCGAUGCUGUAAAUCCAUCCUCUACUACUAGACCACCAGACCAGUUAAGUCUCUCCACCUUCCUCUCCUUAACUGGGCUGUCUCAUAUUGCCUGUUUACUCUGUGGCCCUAGAGACUGUUUGGAUAAGAGUGGCUUAAUAGUUGCGCGGUAAUAUUAGUCACUCCUAAGUGGUGUCCGACCAGUAUAAUAUCCCUUCUCUUAUGACGUAGGGUAAAUCAAAGGGAUGACAGCCACAGAACCAGAAUGUUCCAGCAGUGUUUAAUGGACCACCUUCAAACGUCUAUUUACCAGUUCCUUGAGUGUCCCACAAUGUUAGGACAGGAAAAAGGGUUAAGUUAUACUGCAUGUCAACAGGGCGUUUUGAAGUUAAAUGUAAAUCACUAAGGACCCAAACAAACGUCCAACUAAGGCACUGGUGUAGGAUCAUAUUGGAAUGCUGCCAACGUUACCAUUAGAAAUGGAGCAUUAUGGAAAUGUUCAGAGAAGGCUUUGCUCUUUGGUUGUUCCAGCUGGGAUGUAACGGGGACUAUUUCUGGGCUGUGGGGUUGUUCUUUUGAAAGCUGCUGGUGCAUCAGCACUUUGUUCUUACCAAAUGAGCUGACUUCUAUAUCAUAUUUCCUGAUACUGUUCCUUGGUGUGCGUGUGUUUGUGGUGUGUGUGGGUGAGGGAGCAUGUGUUGCUCCAUGCUGGCCAUGACACGUGCACACUCUUCCACUCAGCCUGUUCAGACAAGCCUGGUGUGUGCGUGCAUGUUUGCUGCUGUUCCCCUAUGCCCAUCCAAACAAGCCUGUACUUUAUGUGAGCUUUCUCUCUCUAGCUAGAGUAAGUGGUCUAGCCUGUUCCCUUCUCUAGCAAGACUGUCUCUCUGUACGGGUGCAUCUAAAUAGUCUGUAGUGGCUUCCUUUCCUCAACUCCUUUCCUUCAUCUACUCCAGUCUAAAAAGGUUACUUUCACCUGUUACUAUGUCAGUGGGACUGAAGGAAAGGAGACAAGGAGAGGAACCACUUUAGAUUGAUUCACCCAUUGAGUGCAGCGGCGUUAGGGUUUAGGUGUCUGUGGGCGAUUUGAUGAACACACACGCACACUCUGUGGGUUUGGAAUCAUAGAGAAAUCAAACCAAAGGUAGUAUCUAAGUGUAUAUUUAGCCUGCCCUAUGCUAAAAAUAUCCAAGUAUCUCAACUGUAUGCAUAUUGUUAAGCAGAGAGGCUUUCAAGAGGUUAGCUAAGGAAGUCUGAUGUGGUAAGAACGCUGUCGUGUGGGGGAUUCUGCAGAUUUUAUAUGUGUGUAUCUGUCGAUAACGUGUGUGUUCUCUCUAGGUGUAUCCCAUGCCAGGGUGGUGUCUGUGUCCCCUGGCCCUCUGCGCCGGGUGGAGGGCCAACCUGUCUCGCUACGCUGUGAUGUCACUGACUAUGAGGGGCCCAGGGAGCAGGAAUUUGAAUGGACCAUACAGCAGGGGGAGGCGGGGUCUAUCCAAGUAAUCUCCACCUUUGACCCAAACUUCUCGGACGUGUCGCUAAGCGACCGGGUGGCCAGUGGUGACCUGAGUAUGGUGCGGCUGGGGGACAGCGCGGUGGAGCUGAGGAUUCAGGAAGUGAGGUCAUCCGACAGCGCCACAUACCUCUGCAGUACAACCAGUACGGACUCUGUCAUCAGCGGGAACUACGAGGCAGGGGUGACGCUCAAAGGUGGGUCAGAGACGUGUGUGGGAGGGACUAAUAGACUGAGUGACUCAUUUAACCAUCAGAGAGUGGACUCACCGUAUAUAUACAUGUAGGAAAACUGUUUUAACUUCAAACUAGAUUACAGUCAGACCUUCAUUAUCAAAUCACAUUUUAUUGGUCACAUACACAUAUUUAGCUGAUGUUAUUGCGGGUGUAGCGAAAUGCUUGUGUUCCUAGCUCCAGCAGUGCUAGCUCCAAUUUAUAUUCUGACUGAGGUUGGCUGGAUUAGAAGGCCCGUACGGUAUAGCUGUGUGUGUGUGUUAGAUCAUGUUCUCCUUGCUGUGGUUGAGCCUAGUUGUGGUCAGUGUGGUCUAUUGAACUCGGCUCACAUCCCUUUCUUACACAUGACUCGCUCUCUUAAGCUAGUGUUUGUCAGGCCGCACAUAAUAAUAAUAAUAAUAAUAAUGUAUGUGCUUAUAUACUGUAUACACUACAGUAUACUUACAUGGACACAGCUGCACUUUCCUUAGAUGGACUGGUUCAGGAUCAGCUAUGUGAUUUUAACCUCAAUUAUCCUAGUCUGCUUUGGGGAGGAAAAACCUGUUCUUAGAUCUGCUGCUUUGGGGAAACACUAAUGAGAGGUGAUCAGGUGGUGAUUUCACCCAUGUUCGCACAUGUUCAGUCUUCCAACACACACACACACACACUUGGAGAGCAUAUGCCAGGUGGGUGUAUUCAUCUCAUGUCAAAUGGGGGUUGCUGGUUAUUUCUGUUGAGCUGACUGUCACCCUGUUAGGAACAGUCUGUCUGAAUAAGCUGAGGGAGAGAGGAAAAAUAGUUAGUGGUGAAUUGAGCUGAUGAGAGCUGGAACCGGUAGAUGGCUGAGAUUAUGCAAUCUGGUUGAUAUUGUGAAAUCUAAGUGCUCUUGAAAUAAUAGGUGAUUUUUAUGCUGCUUUUAGCCAUGAUAUAAAACAAUGUUUCAUUGUGGUCUAGUAUAGUUGAACAAGUGUUUGUCCCAUGUUUUCAAGAGCUGAACUACACGAUCCCAGACAUUUUCCUUGCGCUUAAAAAGCUUAUUUCUCUAAUUUUGUGCACAAAUCACUGUUAGUGAGCAUUUCUCCUUUGCCAAGAUAAUCCUGACAAGAUCCUGAGGCCCAUUGUCGUGCCAUUCAUCCGCUGCCAUCACCUCAUGUUUCAGCAUGAUAAUGCACUGCCCCAUGUCGCAAGGAUAUGUACACAAUUCCUGGAAGCUGAAAAUGUCCCAGUUCUUCCAUGGCCUGCAUACUCACCAGACAUGUCACCCACUAAGCAUGUUUGGAAUGCUCUGGAUCGACAUGUACGACAGUGUGUUCCAGUUCCCGCUAAUAUCCAGCAAUUUCGCACAGCCAUUGAGGAGUGGGACAAUAUUCCACAGGCCACAAUCAACAGCCUGAUCAACUCUAUGUGAAGGAGAUGUGUUGCGCUGCGUGAGGCAAAUGGAGGUCACACCAGAUACUGACUGGUUUUCUGAUCCACGGCCCUACUUUUUUUUAUUUUAUUGGUAUGUGACCAACAGAUGCAUAUCUGUAUUUCCAGUCAUGAAAUCCGUAGAUUAGAGCCUAAUGAAUUUAUUUCAAUUGACUGAUUUCCUUAUAUGAACUGUAACUCUGUAAACAUUUUGAAAUGGUUGCAUUUUAUAUUUUUGUUCAGUGUAGAAGAGAUGUGUUGUAUACACAGUCCAGUGAGAUCCAUUGGUGACGUAAAUUAGUUUAAUUUGGUAUGGAGAGUCACCUGUAUAGAGGCAGUCUCCUGACCUUUCCGAUGGGUGUGUCAAUGCAAAUAACAUUCUCCACCAACACUUUCAGUUUUGUAUGUGCUUGGCUCUCUUGUCUAUCGGAUUAUCUUUUCUUUCCGAUUUUAAAGUGGCCUUGACGCGCACGCGUGUGUGUACCCACACAACUCUAACACACACACAUUUUUACUUCCGUUCUGAACGCUGCUUCUGCUAUGACAACUAUUAAUGAUCAACUGAAUGGCUUUCAGCACGUUCAAGAUUAGUAAUGGCUUUCUGUUGUGCGAUGUUCACUUUCUCCAUACCCAAACACAUAGACAGGAACAUGUUUAGCUAGUUGGGGAAAGGAAUAUUUUGAACUAAUGUGUGACAGUGAUUUGGCAGCUCCAGGACACUAAGUCUAAUAUCAAAGACUUUGGUAGAAUGGCAGCUUACUGAGCUUUGAGUAAGAAGGUUUAUCAGAAUAUGAACACUUCAAAGCACUGUGUAUCUUUCUUGUUUAGAGGCUGGGAGUGAGGAAGAGGGUAAGAGAGGGAGGGUGAGCGGUAGGAGGGAGUGAGGAAGAGGGUAAGAGAGGGAGGGGGAGCGGGAGGAGGGAGUGAGGAAGACCGACAUUGCGAGAGAGGGACAGGCAGCCAUUGCCUGUCUCUCUCCCUCUCCUUCCCCCUCUCUCUUUAUAUCUCUGUUUAUUCAGCUGUGAUGGUCAGAGUAAACAGGGCUUCUCUCUCUGAUGUGAUUAUCAAAUCUAAACCCUCCUUACACACACAGUUGACAGCAGCACACCCCAUUACGCCCCUCACUGACAGCCUAAACCGUGUGUGUUUUUGUGCAUGGGGGGGGGGUUAGGAGAGAGUGACAGAUGAGGAAGAUUUUUCAUGGAUUAUAAAAGCAGUAAUGCCUCUUGGCGAUGAAGAAGGAGGAACAUGAUGACAUUUUGAUUUUGAGAUGUUGUGUUGGCUUACGGCAACAUCUGUUAACAUUCACUGCCACCAUGACAUUUCACAUGCAGUAAAAAAAACUCUUCGAUGUAGUGAAGCAGCAAAUUAACGAUACUAGCCCUGACUGUGUGUGUGUGUGUUAACUGUCUGUCCUUUCCCUACAGUCAUUGCUAACACCCUGAAGGUGGCCCCGGAGGCCCCAGAGCCUGUGGUCCCCGAGGGUGGUGACAUCACCCUCUCCUGCAACGUCACCCGCCACUUCACCGAUCCCACCUACCUGUCCGUCACCUGGUCGCUACGGAGACCAGGCAUCCCAUUGGUGGACAUCAUGACUGUUGGCCCAGAUGGGGGUGUAGUCACAGGAAGUGGCUCCGCCCAGCGCUACGCUGAAGGAGGGCUCCGAUUGGCUAGUCGCAGAGAUGGGGCGUUUGGAUUGGUUGUUGCCGGGGUGACACAGGCUGAUGCGGGGAUGUAUGUGUGCACGGGGAGGGAAUGGACUCACGAGGAAGGAGAUCAGUGGAAGAACAUUGUGGAGAAGACUGUGGAGAUGGGAGCUGUGGCAGUCACACCUACAGGUAAAGGGGAUGGGGUGUGUCUUGUAUGUACUUUAGAGUGAGAGACAUUCAGCCGAUCCUAAAUCAAUCCCCUUUGACCCUAACCCCUAGAUAUUUGCAGAUCUGUAUGGUCUGGAUUGGUAUAAGCACUGCAAUGGUGGAGCUUCCACCUUACAGAUGUGAAAAUAUCGAAAGGUUAGGACCUGCUGAGAAGAGAGAGGGGGAUCUGGGGGAUGGUAGAGUAGUUUCUAUGGUCCGUACUUUAUUUUAGCCUUGCAGCAUUUCUUUGUGUGUUGGAGAGGCUCUUGACCGAGAGAUCUAUCUCAGCCCCUCCCCCUGUCAGCCCUUUAUCCCUGGUUGUGUGAGGAACCCCCUGACACACACACACACACACACACACACACACAAUGGUUGCCUAGGGACACCAUAUACCCCUAACCCCUCUCCUGCAUGGUGAGUGAUUUAAAAUGGGGGUGAAGAACAGAGGGAGAAGCUCAGCAGGAAGACAACAUAGAGAGGCUGGGCCUUCCUUUACAUGUAUCUAAGUACAGACUAGUGUAGCCAAGCAGCCACUAUUGACUGUCUACUGAGACGCUAAAGUAAAGAGGAUUGGAGAAGUCUAACAGUGGCCUUUUGUCCUGCCUCUCUUGUCUAAACAUACAUAGUGAACUAUAGUGAAGUCAUCUCACCUACUACCAGAUAUCCCAUUGUCUCCUAUAGUAGCAGUAUCCAGGAUUUUAUUUGAUAAAUAUAAACCCCCUCAAAAGGGUUUAGAUUUAGCUUCAGUUCAGUCUCUGGAGUCAUGAGUCGUAUCAUGUUUUAAUGUGAUUUUCCUUGACUUUUCUUUUGAAUAGCUUUGAAACUCUUUCUGUUAACAUUAGCCUUAAUCUUUCUCUACGUAUGUUCACUUUUAAUUGUUACCCUUUUUAUACUUGACAUUUCGAGGGUUCUAGAGCUUUUAAUUUGACUUUUUAAUGAAUAGUAAUCCUUGAUCUUCUAUAUGUGGGUCUUUCAACUUCUCACUGUUCACUGUUGGAUCUUUUUGAUCUGGCUGGUUUUAAUCAAGUUUAUAUUACAUUUGAAUCUCUUCUACUUCUUGUCUUUUGUUCUGAAGAGGACUUGUAUCUCCAUAUCCAACUGUACUAGAAUGUUCUAUCUUUUCACCAUGUACUUAUACUUAUCCAACCGGUCCAGAUCUACAGUUGUCUAGCAGUUAGGAGCUAGGGGUUGUUUCCCUGUUUAUUGGUUCUAACAGCAUCCAUUUUGUCUUCUCCCUCCCCCUUCCAGCUCGUUCCCUGUCUGUCGUGGCCAAGUCCAACACCACGCUCAACAUGGACGACACCCUGACCCUCACCUGCCUGGUCGCGGCCGGCAACUUGGCCUCCCUGGCCCUGGAGGUCACCUGGCUUGUGGAUGGACGCACAGCGGUCAGCCUGGGCCGUGACGGGGUGGUCUCAAACGGGUCCCCCUCGGUGGGGCUGGAGCGGACGGGGCCAGGGGAGUUCAGGCUGGUGGUGAGGGGGGUAAAGGGGUCUGACGAGGGGAUGUACUCCUGUAGGGUCCGGGCCUGGGUCGGAAGAGGAGGAGGAUGGUACCAAGCUGCAGAGAAGACCUCCAACCCAGUACAGGUUCUAGUCACAAAGAUCAGUGAGUGGAAGUGCUGUUAAAUAUCGACUAUGUUUUUCAGGUCUUGAAAUGCAGUCCAACCAAGAUUACCAUAUCUAACAUACUAUUAAUAGCAUUGGCCUCUCACUAGGCUUACUUUGAACACACAUGCUUCACGGCGGCAGUAGAUCAGUGAUGCCUUGUACUACACAUCACACACACACACAUCACACGAACACACACACACGAACACACACAUCACACGAACACACACAGGCACCCGCAGAGUGAGCCUAUCCAUUAGUCAAGCCUUUUUUCUGACAUACCUGCCCCCACAGUGAAAAAGAUUGAUUAUUCAUGCCUGUUAAGGCCUAGCUAAGUCCUUUCUCUGGUUUCACACCCCGUUUCUUUCGGUCAUUCUCUCCCUCUCUCUUUUUUUUUCAUUUAACCAGGUAAGUCAGUUAAGUACAAAUUCUUAUUGACAUUGACAUCAUGGUCGCUCUGUGACCUAAGCAGUGGUGGUGUAGGGUGUAACUGUAUAUGUCCUGACCCGACAGGUUCAAGUGCCGGGUGUCACUCAUGCCAUCCAUCAGAGUGUGUGGGUGGUCGUGUAGGGACGUGGAUAGAGCUGGGUUGUAUUCAUUAGUGACCACCGUAGCGAAACAUUUUGCAAUGGAAAAGUUCAGGUAGUCUCUCCUAGAUUCCAGUUUGGUAUGGAUUAUCUUUAGACCAGUGGUUCUCAACUGGUUUUGCCUCGGGACCCGAAAUGAACCAGGUUGUCUCAGUUGCGACCAAAUAUUCGCAUCGCGAAAAAGAAUCGGCAAAAUACAAUCUGGAUUUUUAAAAAUGUUAUAUUGAUAGUAAAUGUAGCAAUUAAAUGACAAGGGAACAACAUUCCAACCUCUUUCAUUGUCAAUAAUUAAAUUGUACCUAUAUUCUUGAUGAAGAAUGUUAAUAAACUCACUGGUUUGAGACCUCAAAAUCAACCAAAAUAGUGUUGCUAAUAGCUCUAUAUUGAAAAUACUCUGAAUAUUUAUUUCUCCAGAGAUUUCUAUACACUUUCUACCUGGUUUAAGUUCAGACUGGAGUCUUUUAAAAAAUAUAUUUAAUCUGACACCCGCGACCCAUUUUUAAAACCUCCUGUGACCCAAAUUUGGGUUGCAACCCACCAGCUAAGAAUCGCUGCUUUAGACUACAUGUUGCAUUUGUGUGUGGAAAUGCCAUGGACGUCCAUUGGGUUAGCAUUAGCAUGAUAAUAAGCGACCCCACUGCUCCUAGUAUAUGAAGCCAUCUUAUAAUUCAGAUCUUGAGUGCUCCACACAGUAGCUGUGGGGUUAAAUCUGCUCUGGAACCAGUUCUGCCUUGUGCUGGUCUCUAGAGAGACAAACAUGACGCUCCUCUGACACACACCAAACGCUGUGCAGUAAAAACAGUCAUGGAGGAAAGGCAUGCGUAGCCCGUGGCCAGAGUGUAGGAGUUCCCCUCUAUUACCACAGAGCCCUAUACCAACACAGACUCACCAACCGUAUGUGUUGGAGGUUACUAGAUGUCUGUUUUCUGUCUGCCAUUGUUCAUGUUGAGAGGGCAGUGCCCUGGGUUAAGCCUAGUGGGAGAGGGUCCUAGGCAAGGCCAGACAUCAAUGGAAGAGGAACUGUGCCUAUGUAUGGAAUACACACAGAUGAACACAUACACUCACAUCCCCAUUCACACUCAAACCCAAGUCUCAUGACAUUCAGACCUACUACGCUGAGGAAAUGGUAGUAAAUGUAGUAGCACACUCUCUCUCCAGGAUACCUCCAACCACCAUAAACCUCUUUCUGUCCAACAGCAGAGGUGUACCAUAAUGGUAUACAGAGUUGAAGUCCUCUAAUCCCCUAUGGAGCUACAGAGGGAACUACCCUGUCCUUCUGUCAUUUUUGUUGUUGCUGUAUUUUACCCCCUUUCUCUCCCCAAUUUUGAUCUUGUCUCAUCGCUGCAACUCCCUAAUGGGCUCGGAAGGCGAAGGUCGAGUCAUACCUCCUCCGAAACAUGACCCGCUAAACCGCGCUUCUUAACACCCGCUCCCCUCAGCAGCCUCCUGUGACACAUACUUACUUCCUGAGCCAUACUUAAAGGUGCGCUAUGCAGAAGUCAUGGUUGCUAACAUUUCUAAUAGGUUGACUAAUUUCAGUUUGUGACAAAACAGGCAGUCAUUGUACCACCUAAACUGCUGUGAAAUACAAUUUCCAUAGGCAAAAAUCUUGUACAAAACCGAAAGUAAAAGAUGCAAAAACAAAAUGUAAGAAUGGGAAGCAUAGAAAUAGCACAGGUAUACCGCUUCUUAGAAUUGCUUUCAAUUAGGAUGACAGAUCAAUAACUCACAUUUCUAUGUGAAUUUGGUCAGGUCGCUCAAAAACGUACAUUACAGCUUUAAGUUUGUUAUUCUUCCUCCAUCCUACAAACCCCCCUGUGGUGAUAGUGCUGUGUCACCUGUCCCAUACAAUCACCCAGAGUAACCAUAGAGUUCAAUGGGUACUCUCCAGUGGAGGCUCUACGGGGGAGGAAGGGGAGGACCAUCCUCAGUGAAUUUUCAUAAAAAUAAACAUAGUUAAAAAUAGUUAAACAUUAAUGUUAUCCUUUUUUAGAUAAAACUAUGCAAAAUAUGUUUACCAAAUAAUUGAUUAAAACACAUUGUUUUGCAAUGAAGGUCUAUAGUAGCCUCAGCUGCACUCUGUAGGGUAGCACCAUGGUGUAGCCGGAGGACAGCUUGCUUCUGUCCUCCUCUGGGUACAUUGACUUCAAUACAAACCCUAGGAGGCUCAUGAUUCUCACCCCCUUCCAUAGACUUGCACAGUAAUUAUGACAACUUCCAGAGGACGUCCUCCAACCUAUCAGCGCUCUUGCAGCAUGAACUGACAUGUUGUCCACCCAAUCAAAAGAUCAGAGAAUGAAUCUAGUACUGAAAGCAUAAGCUACAUCUAGCUAGCACUGCAGUGCAUAAAAUGUGGUGAGUAGUUGACUCAAAGUGAGGGAGACAAUAGUUUAACAGUUUUUGAACAAAUUAAUUUAUUCCAAAAUUAAGGGAGAGGGAGAUGUAUUAUAUGCAGCUAGCUAGUUUAGCCUACUCAAACACCUGGCUCAAACAGAGAGGGAGGCUAUUUUAGCUAGCUGGCUAUGGCUAUCCAACACUGGAACUCUUCCAAGUCAAGGUAAGCUUUAGUUUUUAUUGAUUUAUUGCCACCAGGGUCCACUGGUGUAACUGCUAAACUGCUUUCUGACUGUACACUGUACUGCAUGAUUGUAGCAGGUUUACUAAAGCAUUAGUUCUAGUAGCUAUGUUGACUAUGACGUGACAACAAUGUAGGCUGUUUGUAGCGGUUAUCAUAUGAAGGUUUGGCUUGGAAAGUUUUUUUUCACCUGGUCACAUACAGCUGAUGUGUUGUGCACUAAGGUCCACAAGCGAAGGGAAAAGGUGAGUGUAGAUAGUUGCGAGAAGGAGGUGUGUGUGUGUGUAUACAACGAGCAAAGUGAUCAUGCUGUUUUUAUGUGGCUGCUAUGAAAGUGAAGUGUAUGCGUGUGAUCAGGGGUGUAUUCAUUCCGCUGAUUCUGUUGAAAAAUGUUUCUUAAACGGAAGCAAACGAAACGGGAUAAACAUACCUGAAUUUGUCCAAGAGAAACUUGCAUUUGCAACUGUUGGACUAAUGAUUACACCCUACAUCAACUAGAUGCAGGCAAGAGUGUGGAAGGUGGUAUUGAAUGUGUCACUGUCUGUCACCUUGAUUACUAAAAAUCUUCUCGACCUGUGCGCCUAUGUUAUACAUUUUAAUUCAUAGGCUAGGUUGUAGCAAGCUCAUGAUGGGUACAGGGAAAAUUAAGAGUAUCAUGUAGUAGCCUAAACCUGUCGAUGUUACAUUGAGCUGGGUGAAUGGAAUAUGAAUGACAGUUAUCCAAUAUGCUGGAAUAGAAAAUAAGGUGCCAUGCUCAUAAAUUAUCAUCCUCCCUCAUCAUAAAUGGCACCACUGGUUCUCUCACCAUAUAUUCUUCAUGUCUGGUGGUCCUCUGUAGCUCAAUUGGUAGAGCAUGGCGCUUGUAACGCCAGGGUAGUGGGUUCGAUCCCCGGGACCACCCAUACGUAAAAAUGUAUGCACACAUGACUGUAAGUCGCUUUGGAUAAAAGCGUCUGCUAAAUGGCAUAUUAUUAUUAUUAUUAUUAUUAUUAUUAUGUCUGACUCAGGCUUCAGAACGCUCAGUGGCUGCUUUCUGCUGAGGAAGAGGUAUGGGGGAAGCACGAAGGAGGGAGCGGAGGAAAAGAUGGUGUUGACCCGGUGGAGGAAUGCGCUCUGGGUCAUAUCUGGUUCACACACACACACACACACACACACACACACACGCUCAAACACCCCAGUGAAACCAGAGACCCCCCGAUGAAGGCCAGAGCUUCUUGGCAGUGGAGAGGGUCCUCAGAGAACAUACCAUGGAACAUGCAUACUCCCUUUUUUCUCUAUCUAUCUAUCCUCACUCCAGACAGAACACCUGCUUGCUCUGUCCAAAUAAUUACAUCUUCCCUUGGCGUUUUGAGUUGCACAGGGUGUGUGUGUGACACACUAACUAUAUUAGGUGUGUGUGCAGACACUUACGCUUGAGUGUGUUUAUUAUUUAUGGCACCAAUGUCUAACUAUUUUCAUGAAAUAUACAGAAUUUUGUUAGUUACAUCUGGUUUGUGUGGUAGUCAAGGUGAACUCAAGUACAUUAGUAAGUUAGCAAGCGUCUCUAGAGUUGAGAUUGUCAGGUAGUUCCUGUCUGUUAUAAACGGAUGGUAUCUCUAUGGUAACACGCCAGACCGCAUGAAAACAGCGCGGAACUCGACACACUCAAAUGUCACGUUCUGUGUCACGCUCUUUUAGCUCCUAGGGAAACAUGGUGGCUGAAGUAUAUUGUUCCCUUACUGUACGAGGUCAAAGUUCAACACAUUUUAUGUUCUUACCUGAACUUUGUCACAAUAGUACUAAGAUUGGAUGACCUAUUUCAGAGGCCAGACUGUGGUUACCGUUGACACUCUAGACCUGUGUUAACAGUGAGUCUCACACACACACCUCCCCAGAGAUAUCUGGCAGUUAACACUGCUUCAGCUUGCCUCUGCUCACACAACCCGAAGACCGGUCUGAUCCAAAUCAAUUUGCAAUCACAAACUGGUUUUAUCAGAGCUUUUAAUCAAUUGAAAUGUCCUCCCAAGUGUCUGUUUUUGUUUAGCGAAUGUGUUUGUGCUUGUAUUUAUUUUAUUUUAUAUAUGUCACACUCUUAACAAGGCAGGCAAAAAAGCACAACAUCCUGAAUGUGGAGUCUGUAGACCAGUGGUUGUCAACCCCUAUGCUGCUCUAGGCUAUACCCAAACUGUCUGUUUUCAAUACGGCCUUUCAAGUAAAUAAAACUUCCAUCCAGUCUAACCACAACCCAGCAGUAGUUCCAUAUAAUGACAUGCAUAUACAGGGCCUUCGGAAAGUGUUCAGACCCCUUGACUUUUUCUACAUUUUGGUACGUUACAGCCUUAUUCAAAAAUGUAUUAAAUCGUUUUUUUCCGCUCAUCAAUCUACAUGCAAUACCCCAUAAUGACAAAGCAAAAACAGGUUUGUACAAAUUUUUGAUAAUUUAUUAAAAAACUGAAAUCACAUUUACUUAAGUAUUCAGACCCUUUUACUUAGUACUUUGGCGCACCUUUGGCAGCGAUUACAGCCUUGUGUCUUCUUGGGUAUGACACUACAAGCUUGGCACACCUGUAUUUGCGGAGUUUCUCCCAUUCUUCUCUGCAGAUCCUCUCAAGCUCUGUCAGGUUAGAUGGGGAGUGUUGCUGCACAGCUAUUUUCAGGUCUCCAAAGAUUUUAGAUCGGGUUCAAGUCCGGGCUCUGUCUGGGCCACUCAAGGACAUUCUGAGACUUUUCCCGAAGUCACUCCUGCGUUGUCUUGGCUGUGUGCUUAGGGUUGUUGUCCUGUUGGAAGGUGAACGCUCUGGAGCAGGUUUUCAUCAAGGAUCUCUCUGUAUUUUGCUCCGUUCGUCUUUGCCUCGAUCCUGACUAGUCUCCCAGUCCCUGCCGCUGAAAAACAUCCCCACAGCAUGCUGCUGCCACCACCAUGCCUCACCGUAGGGAUGGUGCCAGGUUUCCUCCCAGAUGUGACGCAUGGCAUUCAGGCCAAAGAGUUCAAUCUUGGUUUCAUCAGACCAGAGAAUCUUGUUUCUCAUGGUCUGAGAGUCUUUAGGUGUCUUCCGUCUGGUCACUCUACCAUAAAGGCCUGAUUGGUGGAGUGCUGCAGAGAUGGUUGUCUUUCUGGAAGGUUCUCCCAUCUCCACAGAGGAACUCUGGAGCUCUGUCAGAGUGACCAUCGGGUUCUUGGUCUCCUCCCUGACCAAGGUCCUUCUCCCCCGAUUGCUCAGUUUGGCCGGUCGGCCAGCUCUAGGAAGAGUCUUGGUGGUUCCAAACUUCUUCCAUUUAAGAAUGAUGGAGGCCACUGUGUUCUUGGGACCUUCAAUGCUGCAGACAUUUUUUGGUACCCUUCCUCAGAUCUGUGCCUUUACACAAUCCUGUCUUGGCGCUCUACGGACAAUUCCUUCAACCUCAUGGCUUGGUUUUUGCUCUGACAUGCACUGUCAACAGUGGGACCUUAUAUAGACAGGUGUGUGCCUUUCCAAAUCAUGUCCAAUCAAUUGAAUUUACCACAGGUGGACUCCAAUGAAGUUGUAGAAACAUCUCAAGGAUGAUCAAUGGAAACGGGAUGUACCUGAGCUCAAUUUCAAGUCUCAUAGCAAAAGGUCUGAAUACUUAUGUAAGUAAGGUAUUUCUGUUAAAAAAAAAUUAUAAAUUUGCAAAAACGUCUUUGCUUUGUAAUUAUGGGGUUAUGUGUGUUGAUUGCUGUUGAUUAUUAUUUUUAAAUCCAUUUUAGAAUAAGGGCUGUAACAAAAUGUGGAAAAAGUGAAAGGGUCUGAAUACUUUCCGUAUGUAUUUCAUUUCAAAUUCUACAUCUCUAUGGUCCAUACCAACCAGUUGGGAACCACAGCCAGGCUAAUGGAAACCUAGUCGUGUUGUUGGGUUUUAAAAUGUGCAUUAGUGUUUUGUUUUGAGGGUCAUUACCACCUUUUAUCAGAGCUGAGUAGUGUUCUUCACUGCCUGGUGUCAGUUCUCUACUGGGUGGAGGAUAGAUCAGCUUUCUAUUCCCUUAACAAACGGGAACGGCCCUUAUCCUGUGUAUAAUGGCUCAGUUAAGCCGGUCUUGGGGAAGUAGGGGUUGGGUGUGUGGGAGGGUGGGUGUACUUGUGUGGGCACGUGUGUUUUGUAAGAAUGUUAUGUGUAUGUUUCGUUCUGUUUGUAGGCCAUUAGCGGGAAAUUUGAGUCGUUCUGCAGUGUGAGUCUUCCUUUGGUCUAUUAAUAAGCUACUGUGUGUGUCAGAGUGAUAGGAGGGGGAUGAGAGAGGAGCAAUGGGCACAUGGGUAAUUGGCUGGGAUUCUCUCCACCUCACAAAGGAAGUAAGGAGGAUUUUCACAGAUGAGCGUGUGAUGAUCCUCACAGCAGUGUAGCAGAUGGUGACAGUGCAUGAUUCAGCCCCUGUGACGUCCAAAUGACACGACAAACCCACGAACACACACACACUAAUCAAGAGCAAGGAAGGUAUGUGUGUGUUCACUGUUCAUUGGCGCGUAAAGGGCCAAUCUGUAGACUAGAGGUCUGACUGAGAUACCAGCUCCAUCACCUACAGAGACCCCACACACACUCCGCCACUGACGCUUAACACUGAUACACUGUGUGUGUGUAAGCCUCAGUCGUUUCACACUGAUCCACUGUGUGCCCGUGUGAGUGUUUGAGAAGUCAGAUUGCCCCAUUGCGCGCUCACACACUAAGAAUGGGGUUUCUAAAUCAUUUCACUAUUCGAAUAGUAUCAUUAAUUUUUGUUGGAUAUCUGGAUAUUCUAAAUACUUGUUAUUUGUAAAAUAUAUAUAUUUUAACAUACGUUUUUAACCUGAGCACUGCUGCGGGAGGGAGAGAGGCUGGUGCUCUAUUGCUCUGCGGAGAGGCUUGUGAGAUGGGCGCUAGCGAGACAAGUAGCCAAGGCAACGCGACUACAGCCAAGACUAGCUAACUUGUAGCAGCCACAAUUUAUUAUCCCAUAUAACAGUGCCUGUCUUGACUGGAGGAGCCUAGAGAAGCUAGCUAGCCAGCUUUAGCUAGCUAGGCUAUUUGAGGCCACAUGCUGCACUUUCUCCCCAACCCCAUUCAGAUAAAACAGGCGACCUGUUGGUUGCUCGUUGUAGCCUACACCUUCUCAUUUUUGUUAACUUUUAAUUCUGUAAUUUUAUUCCGUCUUUCAUUGCAUUAGUGAACUUUCACUCCACUUGCUACACACUGAGCCUCUUUGUCGUUUGAUUGGCCAACAUGAUAAACAAGCUACACAGGAGAAGGCUACUGGUCGGCUACCAGUAUUUAUUAAAUAUACAUGUAUAUCAUUAUUUUUAUGGGGCGCAUGUCAUAAAAUCUACGUUGAAGUUUGUUUAAUUAAAUUCAUAAUUUGAAAUGGUAUGUCCUUGUAUGUAACAAUGUCACAUGGAUAUUUUAAUUUCGAAACAUCCUUCUUAAAAACACUCUUUUUUUUUUUUAACAAAAAUGAAUACUCACAAGUAUUUGAAUACAAACGCACGUUCGGAUAUUUGAAUAACUGUGCACAUCCCUAACACACACCACACAUUGGAUUCACACCUACAGACAGGGAAAAGCUCUGCUCACCACUACCCCAGUGGAUGUGAAGUGGCUUCUAGAUGAGUCGUUCAUAACUAACUAAUCUGGCCCUAAGGUGGAUGUUAUUUUACCAUGUCCCUUUAUUGACAUUUAGUGUCUGUUUUAUUGAUGUUUCUCCUCUCUGUUCUUCUUUCCUCCCCUCCAUCUUCCUGUCCCUUCCUCCAGAGCCUAGUUUCGCCGUGACCCUUACCCCCUCGUCGACCCCGCAGGUCACAGGUGACCUCAUAGAGCUGGCGUGUCAUGUGACCAACAUCAUCCACCUCCUUGCAGGGGGCCGACUGGGCGUGGCCUGGGAGUACACACCACUUCCUGGUCCACCCGGCGACCGCCCGACAACCACACAGACCACCCUCCCCAUUGGUUCCCUGGAUGCCCACGGCAACCUGAAGUCUGGGACGCUGUACCGUGACAGGUUGGAGUCUGGUGCCAUCGUUCUGACCCGAGUAGAGCCGGAUACAUUCAAGCUCCGCUUCCUACGCACACAGGUGUGUGUGUACCUCAAGCACAAUCAUUUGUUAGACACAGAAGUUUGUAUUGAAGCUAGAGCCACUAACAAGGUGUGUGUGUGUGUGUGUGUGUGUCAUCAGGAGGUGGACAUGGGGGCGUAUGCAUGCAGUGUGACAGCAUGGAGUCCCUCUAGGCAGGGUGGAAUGGAGAAGGAAGCAGAGUACCUCACCCCCCCUCUCACCGUCCGAUGGGAAUCCAAACGUAAGUAGUGAUGACACUCAUUCUCUCGCUCUUCCUCUCCUCUCCUUCCUCCCUCCUUUUUUAUUUAUCUUUGACGAAACCACCUGAAUAUAGCAAUGUUAUUUAAUACAUUUGUCAUUCUGCUAUGCUAAUUUGUUUUCUCAUCACAUGUUUUCUUUGAUGUGUUUGAGGUAAUAAGUGACAUGUGUUCUGAAUGGGAGUCAAAGCUAGAGGAUGGAAAGCAUUCCCAUGUAAUCUUGGCUUCUUUCAUGUUGGCCGCUCAACAAACAUGGCAGUGGAUGUAGAGGUGCCACUGUAGGUCUGACAACAGGAAAGCCUAUACCAUGGCACACACACACACACACACACACACACACACACACACACACACACAGACGGAUCAUCAGUUUCUAACACACCAGCGAUGGCGUCAGUCAGUUUGGCGUGUGAGCGACAGCUAUGAGUCCUAGUUCCCACUGUUGAUUGAGUCUAAAUAGUUCUCAUUGAUAUAACUUCACAACAUUUGCCCUUCGGCUUCCAGAUUCUCACGAAAUAACCUUUUUACACAGACGCACACACGCACACACAUACUGAACUCUGUGAACCCCAUAAUGCUAAUUAGAUGAUGGUGAUCUAGUGUAAUAGCUACUGAAUAGCGAUGAGAUAUGAUCAGCAUAUACCGUAGGGAGUGUGUGUGUGUGUAUAUAUAAAAAUAAUUUAUAUAUAUAUAUAUAUAUAUAUAUAUAUAUAUAUAUAUAUAUAUAUAUAUAUAUAUAUAUAUAUAUAUAUAUAAUUAUUUUUUUCUUCUCUUUUGACUGUCUUCCUCUGUCCUCCCAGCAACUCUGGGAUUCCCCUUCUCUCUCUGUUCUUCUCUCAAUCGCUCUCUUCGUCUCUCACUCUCUCUGUCCGUCUCUGUCUGCAGAGCUCAGUCAGUGUCAUUGUCCAUUCAUGAAGUCCAGACUUUCCUACUGAUGGUCUGUCCACUCAGUCUCUGUGGUUACUACUGACUGCUGGUUGUUAGGGAACAGUAGCUGUGGUUACAGAGCGUCUGACUGUUUACUGUCUGUCUGUAGUCCUGGUUACUCACUAUCAAAUCAAUCAAUCAAAUGUUAUUUAUAAAGCCCUUUUUACAUCAGCAGAUGUCACAAAGUGCUAUACAGAAACCCAGCCUAAAACCCCAAACAGCAAGCAAUGCAGAUGUAGAAGCACGGUGGCUAGGGAAAACUCCCUAGAAAGGCAGGAACCUAGGAAGAAACUUAGAGGAACCAGGCUCUGAGGGGUGGCCAGUCCCCUUCUGGCUGUGCGGGGUAGAGAUUAUAACAGUACAUGGCCAUUAAGGCCAGAUUUUUCUCCAAGAUGUUUACUUACCACUCUGCUAGCCUCUAGCUUGAUGGCUUGCACUGCUUCCCUUGCCAUUACCUCGGUACCUGGCCCACACUAUCACCCAAAUCCCUGUUGCUCUCAUGGUCCUUGAUUUUGGUUGAGCUCCAGACAGCUUUUUUAAGUCAUAAGGAUGAACACUUUGAUUGACUCACUGAUUUAUUGAUUGACUGAUCUGUCUCCCUCCAGGUCCGUCUCUAACCGCCGUGGCGAAGCGUGUGCGUGAGGCGGCGGCGGGCGGAGCCACCUUUGAGAUGAGCUGUACCGUAUCCCAAGAGCACUUGCAGGACCCGGGCUACUCUGUGCUGGUGCAGACUCAGGAGAGCGUGGAUGCUGCCACCAGAACUGUCCUCUCUCUCAGUCCUGACUCUGUACUACAGCAUGGAGGGGCUACAGAUCCUAACCGCAGGUAGAGACACACACACUGUACUGAGCAGUAUGUAUCAUAAGAUGAAUUAAGUUGUGGUGUCAUUACUAGUGAGUUAUGUUGAAACUAAACUGGAUUCUGGCUCCCAGGGACAGCCUUGUUCUGACUAAGACGGGUCCGGCUGAGUUCUGCUUCCGUCUGGCCGGAGUGCAGCAGGCUGACCGGGGCUUCUACUGGUGUGACAUCACCACCUGGACCAAACAACCAGGCCAGGCCUGGACCAAAGCUGUCAGCGCCAAGUCCAACAAGGUCCAGAUCAACUUCCAGGAGACUGGUACGAGGAUGGAACACACACCCUGACCACCACUGAGUUACAUAGUCAUAUCUACUGUCUAUACCCACUAGUCUUUUACUGAAGGAUACACAUGAACUCAAAAUAUACUCUCACACAUUCCCUGCAUUGGCCUAGUUGGCUGUGUUUGAUCUUAGUGGUAGAGGGGUGUGAAUAGUUAUUGAAACCCCUACGACUGUCUCUGGGGAGGUAGACUCCUCGUGUUCUCUCUCUCUCUUUCUCUCUCACUGUGGAAAGACACACGCUCUCGCUUACAUUUACAUUUUAGUCAUUUAGCAGACGCUCUAAUACAGAGCGUCUUAGAGGAGCAAUUAGAGUUAAGUGCCUUGCUCAAGGGCACAUUGGCAGAUUCGAACCAGCAACCUUUCUGUUACUGGUCCAACGCUCCUAACCGCUAGGCCCUUCUUCCUCUCUGUGGGGUGGAAGCUUCAAAGUGGCAACCCAUAGCAAAUCUCUCCUGGACAAAUCAGUUAGAAGCCGCAAGGAUCCAUAUCACUGGCUCUCUUUGUGUGUGUGUGUGGGCGUGUUGGACAUGUGUUAGAGGAGACAGAGUUAUUUGGAUGAGCACCUUUGAAAGACCGGGUGAAGGACCAUGUUGGACUGUGUAUUAAAGGGUGUUAGGGGUGUAAGCACAGUGAAUGUAACCCCUGACCUCUAACCUGUGUGUGUUCCUUCCUGUAGGCCCCUCGUUCGCCGUGGCCAUCCGCUCUGACACCACCACUCUGUAUCCCUGGGAGACCGGCAAGUUGGUGUGUGCCCUGAGCGUCUCUGGAGCAUCCCCCAAGUCAGGUAGGAGACAUCACACACUCUCAUCAGGUGAUGGCUGGAUCACAACCUUCCAGUGU